AUGCCUGCAGGCUAUGUUGUCCCAGAAAAUCCCAAGGAUGAAUCGGUGAAAAGAUGGCUUGAUGAGAUGAUUCGACCAGGAAGACUGACGUUUUUCUCUGAAGCCCCCAGAGCUGAUUCAUCAAUUCCUACAGCUGCAGUGGUAUUUCCAAAGGAGUCUGACACUGCGGAAUCUGGGCUGGCAUCCUUCGAUGAAGAUGUUCGUUCCGAUGCUGAUUUUCCUUCGCCAUUUAUCGUGGUAGACGAUAAGGACACCACGUCCUUGCCAUCACCAGACCUGCCAGAGUUGAUGGGAGAAGCAAGACUCCGUGCAGAGCUUUAUGCUGCACGUGACGAGGCGCGCUCGUUGGAAAGACCCUUGAGCUUGAGGAUUGCAAGGCUGAGUGUCAAGAGCUUCGGCAUUUCGCGGCUGAGAAGGCAGACGGCAGCUUAA